UGCUCUUCCAACCGGCAGACGGCAGUAGAGAGCGGAAGAAGAAACAGAAGAAGAAACAGAAGAAGAAGACAAGCUGUGUUGUUUUUCUGACGUCACUUCCUGUCAGCUACAGCGUGUUGCGUGCUUACAAAAAGGAAAAUGGCAGCAGAGAGCAGAACAGAGGACUAUCCUGACGAGAUAGACGAACAGCUCACAGGCUUUGACGCCUCAGUUUCUUCUGUCAAAACCAUGUUGGGAAAGUUGAUGGCGAUGCCAAGGAACGACCUGCUGCAAAAGCUGGACCCUUUGGAUCAAGCCAAGCUGGAUCUGAUGUCUGUCUACACCCUUAAUUCAUUAUUCUGGAUGUACUUGGUUACACAAGGAAUAAAUCCCAGAGAACAUGCAAUCAAACAGGAAUUGGAGCGAAUAAGGACAUACAUGAACAAAGUGAAAGAGAUUACAGACCGGAAGAAAGCUGCCCGUCUGGAUAAGGGGGCUGCUGCACGCUUCCUCAGGAGUGCUCUCUAUGAGCCAGACGAAAAAGAUUAUAGAAAAAAAGCAGCAGCCAAAAAAGCGGCAGACACAAAACCUGCCACCCCCCAGUCAAAGCGUCCGAAGCAGAGCUGAAGUCGGGGAGGAGCUGCACCGUGCGGUCCCGCUGCAAUUUGCACCACCUUUUGGGGACAACAAACAUUUCUUGCUCACAAGGAAACAAAGCGACUUCUAAAGUUGUGUUACGGGGCAUCAUACAAGACAACACGAGACGCAUGCAGCGAAACACACGUUGGUGUUUCAGGUUAUAAGAGCCGGUCAGUAAAUGUUGCUGGAUGCACCCAAAACACAAGAUUACUGCCGUCUACGAUGCACCGUCUCAGGUUCUGCUGAACGUCGAUUAGAUUCAAGGCUGCAAUGUUACUUCAUUUAUUCAGAAUUCCAAAACCAUGAAAACAUUUUUAAUUUAGAAAGUCAAUUGGAUCCAUUGAGGUUUUGAAAUGUCGUUUCUGAUAGUUUGGUUCCUUUUAGAGAAAUCAAUAUUUCUCUUGUUUUUUUAAAUGUGACUCCAUGAAUCACAAGUUGUUUUUUAAAAAUGUUUUUACACACGUGCAAUGUGUCAAACAUGUAAAGUGUUUUUGGUGAUGUGUUGCUUUUAUGAUUGACUUGUGCAUAAAAAGAUAUUACUCACCAAA